UGUCGUUGUAGUCUUCAUCUACGUAAAUGUGCCUGCUUGGGGUGAUAUAACACUGCUGUAGUCGGAUUCUUGGUUAUAAGUUUCCAAUGUGGUAGCUGUAGAUUAAUGGGUUUCUGGAAAAUUUCAUUUCUUUUUUUGGAUUUGCUCAUGGAUGGUCAUAGGUGGUGGAUGAUGGCCUGGCACGCUGAACUGUUUCCUGUUGAUCAAUGAUGAUACACGCUGAUCUAUUAGCUAUUUUUGCAUGCUUGUAGAUAUUUGACUUGCAGAAUUGGUGAUAGUCUUGUGAAUGCGAAGAUAUUUGAUCCCUGAUUUUUGUUUGACAGUUUAUCUUUCUUCUUCUUCUUCUUCCUCAAUCGCGGGAGUACUGAAUAAUCUUGAUGGACUGAACUAAUGUAUCCUUGCCUGGCUUUCAGUCUGAAAUUCUGAGGUUCCCCAUGGCAAGGGGAAAACUGAUAUUGAUUUGCCAGUCUGGUGGUGAGUUUGUGACUAAUAACGAUGGGUCUUUGUCAUAUACCGGAGGGGAGGCACAUGCUGUAGAUAUCUAUCGUGAAACCCUGUUUGAUGAUCUUAAGUUAAAAUUUGCGGAGAUGUGGAACUUGGAAUAUAAAUCCAUGAUUAUCAAGUACUUCCUGCCCGGAAACCGUAGAACUCUCAUCACUCUUUCAGGCAACAAAGACCUAAAAAGGAUGAUUGAUUUCCAUGGGGAUUCAGUGACAGCUGAUGUUUUUGUAAUGGGAAAAGAAGGUUUUGAUCACAACACCUUGGCGGUGCAUGCUAGCAGUAGCAGAUCAAGUGGAAUUAAAUUGGCUGAGAAUGUAAAACAUGCUGCUGCCUUUGUGCCAGCAGCUGCUGCAUGUCAAGCUGCUGUCAUUCCUCCUGUUGGUCUUAAUUACAUGCCUGCUAGUACUGUCAUUCCUGUCACUUCUACUGCUAUUGAUACUACUGUUGUGCAUGCUAAUGGGACUCCUACAGCUGUUUUUGCCACUGCUACUGUCACUCCAGCCUUUCAUUUUACUAUUUCUGUAUCUGCUCCAGCUGACACUUCAAUAGCUGUUGAUGCAACGUCCCAGAGCCCCAGCACAGUGGCUAUUACCUCAAAAUCUUCUCAUGACUGUAAUAUUACAGAUAAUUCACAUGCUGCUGUGCAAACCCCAGCUGAGUCAGUAUCUGUUGCUGCUGAUACAACUGCCCAGAGCCCAACCAGAAUUGAUGUGACUUCUACUCCUGCAGAUACUGUAAAGAAGCGAAGACGCACUGCAUCCUGGCAAAUUGGUGCUAAUGGCCCUACUAUCGUUGCUGUCACUGAUGAUAUGGUAGAGAAAAAGAAAACUGCACCUCGAAAAAGAAACAGCCGAAGGCACAGUGCUUUUGCAGCAGUGGACGAUGUGGAUCUGCAACUAUGUAUUGAUCCCUUUAAAGAUGAUUUUAAAGAUCCCCAUGCAGUAGCCAACUCUAAUGAUGUUUCACUUGAAAACCUAGUUGCAUCAUGGAAGGAUGGUAUAACUGGUGUAGGCCAGGAAUUCAAAAGUGUGCACGAAUUCAGGGACGCUCUGCAGAAAUAUGCGAUUGCACAUCGCUUUGUAUACAGAUUAAAAAAGAAUGACACUAAUCGUGCAAGUGGUAAAUGUAUAGUGGAUGGCUGUUCAUGGAGGAUUCAUGCAUCUUGGGUCCCAGCAGCACAAUCCUUUAAGAUUAAAAAGAUGAACAAAUCACAUACGUGUGGAGGGGAAUCAUGGAAGUCUGCUCAUCCAACAAAGAACUGGUUGGUGAGCAUUAUAAAAAAGAGGCUACAGGAUACCCCACAUCAGAAACCAAAGGAAAUUGCCAAUGGCAUCUUCCGCGACUUUGGGAUUGAAUUGAAUUAUACACAAGUAUGGCGUGGAAUUGAAGAUGCCAGGGAACAACUUCAGGGUUCGUAUAAAGAAGCAUACAAUCAGUUGCCGUGGCUUUGUAAGAAGGUGAUGGAGACAAAUCCGGGUACUGUUGCAAAGCUUUUGACAAGUGAUGAGAACAGAUUCCAAAGCCUUUUUCUAUCCUUUCAUGCCUCAAUACAUGGUUUUCUCAAAGGUUGUCGCCCCCUUCUUUUCCUGGAUGCUACUUCUCUAAGAUCAAAACAUCAAGAGAUUUUAUUUUCUGCAACUGCCGUGGAUGGGAAUGAUGGUUUGUUUCCAGUUGCAUUUGCUAUAGUUGAUGUUGAGAAUAAUGACAAUUGGCAUUGGUUUCUGGAGCAGUUGAAAUUUGCAUUGUCAACUUCACAGUCCAUAACUUUCGUAUCUGAUAGAGAGAAGGGGUUAAAGAAUUUUGUACUUGAGAUUUUUAAGAAUGCUCACUAUGGAUACUCCUUAUACCACCUUAUGGAAAAAUUUAAGAAAAACUUGAGAGGUCCAUUCCAUGGAGAUGGAAAGGGAUCUCUUCCCGUAAAUUUUGUGGCUGCAGCUCAGGCUGUCCGACUUGACAAUUUUAAAAAGUUCAUUGAGGAAAUUAAGCGGGUUUCUUCAACAGCUUAUGAUUGGGUUAUGCAUAUUGAACCAGAAUAUUGGACAAAUGCACUAUUUAAGGGUGAGAAUUAUUGCCAAAUUACAGCAAACACUGCAGAGUCCUACUCUAAAUUGAUAGAGAAAAUGCGUGAGUUACCAAUAAUGCAGAAGAUAGAUGCAUUGAUAUGUAUGGUUAUGGAGUUGAUAAAUACUUGUAGAACAGAUUCAAGUAAGUGGCCUGCAAAACUGACUCCAUCUAAAGAGGAAGAACUACAAGAAGAAAUUCAAAAAGCAUGUAGUCUUAAAGUCUUAUUCUCAUCUGAUACCCUAUUUGAGGUCCAUGACAAUUCCAUUAAUGUUGUGAAUAUUGAAAAUUGGGAGUGUAGUUGCCUGGCCUGGAAAGCAACUGGGUUGCCUUGUUGCCAUGCUAUUGCUGUCUUCAAUUGUACAGACAGGAGUGUAUAUGAUUACUGUUCAAGAUUUUUCACUGUUGAUAGCUUCCGUGUAACAUAUGCUGAGUCCAUUAACCCUUUACCCAGCAUGGCCGAGCAUGUGAAUAGGAAUGCUUCUUCAGAUUCUAUGCAUGUACUUCCUCCUUGCACCUCUCGACCACCAAGACAACAGAAGAGGAAACAGGUUAUCAAAACUCGGGCUGUAGUCAAAAGGGUUGUUUCUUGCACUAGGUGCAAAGAAGCAGGACACAAUAAAGCUACAUGCAAAGCUAUUUUGGAUUAAACUUCAAAAUUAUUGCAAUCUUGGGAACUAUCGUCAUGCAAGUAACAGAGAGACACUAUGGAAACCUAAUAUGAGUGACACAUCAACAAGAAGCUUUUACAUUUGUGAGGCUUAGUCUAGCUUUCUUUUCUUUUUCUGCUCUGUUCCUGUUUUAGGGAUUGAACUCUUUACUUUUAUUUUUCUCAGGUUGUUGCAGCUAAUUGUUUGUGAAAGUUUGAUCCUGAAAUGUAAAUAGGAUAACGGUUCUGUUCCUAAAAUGAAAAGAUGGGGUAAAAAUUUAGUCUCUACUGACAUAGUUACUUCUUUCAUAUGUAUCAACAUUGGAUUAGUUUCUUGCUAAUCUACAUCAGAUUUUCAUCU